UCUCGGAGUCGGACUGACAAGAUUCAGUUCGACUUUGGGUCGAGAGAGAGAGAAGAAACAAAAAUCCGAUCGAUGACAUUCAUUCACGCUUUUCUUCCACUUGGCCUCCAUCUCUGCUCGGUGCUUGUCAUUGCCUUCUGGUUAUUCCGAACUACCCAGAAGAUCUUAUUAUGUCGGAACAAAUCGACGGAUAAUAUUCCUCCCGGCACCGGGGGACUCCCACUGAUCGGAGAAUCACUGCAGUUCCUAUCAGCUAACAGCAGCGCCAAAGGAUUAUACCAUUUCGUUCAUAUCCGACGCCUCCGGUAUGGUAAUUGCUUCAAAACCAACAUAUUUGGGAAGACCCAUGUCUUUGUUUCGAGUGUGGAAUCUGCAAAGGCAAUUCUCAGCAACGACUUCGUCAACUUCACAAAGAGAUAUGUAAAAUCAAUUUCAGAACUCGUAGGGGAUCAGAGCAUACUCUGUGCUACUCAGGAGUACCACAGAUUAAUCCGCGGCCGUCUCUCCAAUUUGUUCACCAUGGAUUCUACGUCAUCGUUUAUCAAGCACUUCGACCAUCUGAUCGUCACGACUCUCAGGAGCUGGGAACAUAAGCAAACUGUGGUUGUGCUGGACGAUGCACUCAAGGUAACCUUUCAGGCAAUAUGUAAGAUGGCGAUAAGUUUAGAGAAUCCUAAUGAGCUAGAAAUGUUGCAAAAGGAUGUUGGACAAGUUUGCGAAGCGAUGCUGGCCUUUCCCUUGAAUCUACCUUAUACAAGGUUUCGCGCAGGGAUGAAGGCACGAAAACGAAUAAUGGAGAUGUUGAAGAAGAUUAUUGAUGAAAGGAGGCAAGGUUGCGGAGAAUGUCAUGAAGAUUUCAUACAAUCACUGGUGUCUGAAGAUGAGAAAUUAGGCUGCAAGCUCACGGAUUCACAAGUCCAAGACAAUAUCUUGACAAUGAUAAUUGCAGGUCAGAUCACCACAGCAAGCGCAAUGACAUGGAUGGUUAAGUACCUGGAUGAGAACCAGGAGAUCCAACACACAUUGAGGGCUGAGCAACAACUCAUGUUAGCAGACAAAAACCCAUGUGGAUCACCUCUUACAAUUGAAGACCUCAAUGCCAUGCCAUAUGCUUCUAAGGUAGUCAGAGAAUCUCUAAGGAUGGCAUCUGUGGUUCCCUGGUUCCCACGGGUAGCACUGAAAGACUGUGAGAUUGAAGGUUUUAAGAUAAAGAAAGGCUGGAUUGUUAACAUUGAUGCCAGAUAUAUACACCUGGAUCCUACAGUUUAUCAUGACCCUUCAGAAUUCUAUCCUUCCAGAUUCGACGACGAGUCCAAGCCAUACAGUUUCUUAGCGUUCGGAACAGGAGGGAGGACAUGCCUAGGGAUGAACCUGGCUAAAGCCAUGAUGCUUGUCUUUCUAAAUCGUUUGGUCACCACUUACAGAUGGAAGGUGAUGGAUCCGGAUUCAAGUCUAGAGAAGUGGGUACUUUUUGCUAGGCCCAGAACUGGAUGCCCGAUUCGUGUAACGCGAGUAUGAGGCCUGGAGCAUGUUGAACCCCCUUUUUGGCCUCACCUACUUAAAGACUCAAGAGGGCUUCUGAAAGUUUGGUAAGGUAACAAUGAAAGCUUUAUCGGGUUUGUUGGACUGAAGGAAGUUGUGGAAUUAUUCAGUAAGUUUUAAAAUAACAAAGAAAAAUGAGAUCCCAAAUGAUGGAGGCCCGUGUUUGUGGUUCAUAUUAUUAUAAUAUUGCUUAUCUGACUGUCUGUCUGUAUCUAAAUUCUAAACCUGGGAAAGACACCCCUAAUUGUUGCAUUAUCUUAUGAUCACAUUAAGUUUUCAUGUUCUCUGCCCUUUUUUUCUGAAAUAUUAAUGGAGAUGAAACGCCAUUUCAAUUGC